AUGUGCAAAUGUGCACCUGGAGAGAUUAUCCACUGUAACAGAGCUGGACUGAGAGCCCUCCCUGGAGAAAUAGCAGCAUCCACCAUCUCUCUAAACCUCUCCAAUAAUUAUUUGCGGAUUCUGACCACCAACACCUUCAGAAACCUGACUUACCUCCACAGCCUCUGGCUAGACGGAAACAAUCUGACUUUCCUGUCCCCAGGGACCUUCCACGCUCUCAAGGACUAUUAA